UUGCGACGGAACACAUGCCGUAUUGGGGAGUUCUUAUUCUGAGAGAACUUCUAUACCUAUGUAAAAGCAAUACGAAAUUUCACGGGUUCCGAGAUUUUCCCGUCGUUCGAGGCUCACAGUUUCCCUUUCCGUCGCAAGGAGAGCGGGGUUUAGGUCAGGCGCACGCCGCGGGCAACUCCUCCUUCGGCGGGUCUUCGGCGGCCACGAGAAGACCCGGGAGUCACUGGAAACGCAAGAUGGCGACGGCGGCCGCAACAUCGGCUUCAGAAGCGGAGGCUGAGCCCAAGGCCGGGCCCAGAGCGGAGGGCGAGGAGGAUGACGUUAAGACGGCUAGGACGAGGAGGAAGGUGUUGUCGCGGGCUGUGGCCACUGCGACGUACAAGGCCGUGGGGCCGGGGUGGGACCAGCCGGAGGAAGGCGUGAGUGAGAGCGAUGGGGACGAGGAGUACGCCAUGGCUUCCUCGGCCGAGAGCUCCCCUGGGGAGUACGAAUGGGAGUAUGAUGAAGAGGAGGAGAAGAACCAGCUGGAAAUCGAGCGGCUGGAGGAGCAGCUGUCUAUCAACAUCUAUGACUACAACUGCCAUGUGGACCUGAUCCGGCUGCUCCGGCUGGAAGGGGAGCUUACCAAAGUGAGGAUGGCUCGCCAGAAGAUGAGUGAGAUCUUUCCUUUGACUGAAGAGCUCUGGUUGGAGUGGCUGCAUGACGAGAUCAGCAUGGCUCUGGACGGCCUGGACAGAGAGCACGUGUACGACCUCUUCGAGAAAGCCGUGAAGGAUUACAUUUGUCCUAACAUUUGGCUGGAGUAUGGCCAGUACUCAGUUGGUGGAAUUGGUCAGAAAGGUGGCCUUGAGAAAGUCCGUUCUGUGUUUGAAAGGGCGCUCUCGUCAGUCGGCUUACAUAUGACCAAAGGACUCGCCAUCUGGGAGGCUUACAGGGAGUUCGAAAGUGCCAUUGUGGAAGCUGCCCGGCCCAUAGCUGGCUUCCUUUCCCCUUUUGACCGGGAACAAACCUUUGAUUCACAGCUGGAGAAAGUCCACAGUCUCUUCCGGCGACAGCUGGCGAUCCCGCUCUAUGAUAUGGAGGCCACAUUUGCAGAGUAUGAAGAGUGGUCAGAAGACCCAAUACCAGAGUCGGUAAUUCAGAACUAUAACAAAGCACUACAGCAGUUGGAGAGAUACAAACCCUAUGAAGAAGCACUGUUGCAAGCAGAGGCACCCAGGCUGGCUGAAUAUCAAGCGUACAUUGACUUUGAGAUGAAAAUUGGUGACCCUGCUCGCGUGCAGUUGAUUUUCGAGCGUGCCCUCGUCGAGAACUGCCUUGUCCCAGACCUGUGGAUCCGCUACAGUCAGUUCCUCGAUCGGCAGCUGAAAGUAAAGGAUUUGGUUUUAUCUGUACAUAACCGUGCUGUUAGAAACUGCCCAUGGACAGUUGCCCUAUGGAGUCGUUACCUCUUGGCCAUGGAAAGACAUGGAGUUGACCAUCAAGUGAUUUCUGUGACAUUUGAGAAAGCUUUGAGCGCUGGCUUCAUUCAGGCCACUGAUUAUGUGGAGAUUUGGCAGGCGUACCUUGAUUACCUGAGGAGAAGGGUUGAUUUCAAACAAGAUUCCAGUAAAGAGCUGGAAGAGCUGAGGUCUGCGUUCACUCGCGCCUUGGAGUAUCUGAAGCAGGAGGUGGAGGAGCGUUUUAAUGAGAGCGGAGAUCCAAGCUGCAUGAUCAUGCAGAACUGGGCUAGGAUCGAGGCUCGACUGUGCAAUAAUAUGCAGAAGGCUCGGGAACUCUGGGACAGCAUCAUGACCAAAGGGAAUGCCAAAUAUGCCAACAUGUGGCUCGAGUAUUACAACCUGGAAAGGGCACACGGUGACACCCAGCACUGUCGGAAGGCCCUGCACCGGGCAGUCCAGUGCACCAGUGACUACCCAGAGCACGUCUGUGAAGUGUUGCUCACCAUGGAGAGGACAGAAGGUACCCUAGAAGAUUGGGAUAUAGCUGUUCAGAAAACCGAAACUCGACUAGCUCGUGUUAAUGAGCAGAGAAUUAAGGCUGCAGAGAAGGAAGCAGCCUUCGCGCAGCAAGAGGAAGAAAAGGCCGAACAGCGGAAAAGGGCACGGGCCGAGAAGAAGGCAUUGAAAAAGAAGAAAAAGACCAGAGGUGCAGACAAGCGCAAAGCAGAAGAAGAUGAUGAGAAGGAGUGGGGAGAUGAUGAAGAAGAGCAGCCUUCCAAACGCAGGAAGGUGGAGAACAGCACUCCUCCGGCCGGGGAAGCACAGGACCGAGAGGCAGAAACCGGCCUCUUUGGGACGAGUGUGCCUGUAGACGUCGACCCCCCCUCCAAGCAGAAGGAGAGGGCGGCCGCCCUGAAGAGGGACAUGCCCAAGGUGCCCCAUGACAGCAGCAAGGACAGCAUCACCGUCUUCGUCAGCAACCUGCCCUACAGCCUGGGCGAGCCGGACGUGAAGCUCCGGCCGCUCUUUGAGGCCUGUGGGGAGGUGGCGGAGAUCCGCCCAAUCUUCAGCAACCGGGGCGAUUUCCGAGGCUACUGCUAUGUGGAGUUUAAAGAGGAGAAGUCCGCCCUGCAGGCGCUGCAAUUGGACCGGAAGACUGUGGAAGGGAGGCCGAUGUUUGUUUCCCCCUGUGUGGAUAAGAGCAAAAAUCCUGAUUUCAAGGUGUUCAGGUAUAGCACCGCCCUGGAGAAACACAAGCUGUUUGUCUCGGGCCUGCCUUUUUCCUGCACCAAAGAGGAACUAGAAGAAAUCUGUAAGGCUCAUGGCACUGUGAAGGACAUCAGGCUGGUUACAAACCGGGCAGGGAAACCGAAGGGCCUGGCCUAUGUGGAGUAUGAAAAUGAGUCCCAGGCAUCACAGGCUGUACUGAAGAUGGACGGCAUGACUAUCAAAGAGAAUGUCAUCAAAGUGGCCAUCAGCAAUCCCCCUCAGAGGAAGGUUCCAGAGAAGCCAGAGGCAAGGAAAGCUCCAGGUGGUGCCAUGGUGCCGCGGCAGAUUUACGGAGCGCGGGGGAAGGGGAGAACCCAGCUCUCCCUGCUGCCUCGUGCCCUGCAGCGCCCAAGUGUGACAGUUGCCCAGGCCGAGAACGGCCCUGCUCCACAGCCAGCGGUCACCACCUCAGCAGCCACUGAGGCACCCAAGAUGUCCAAUGCCGAUUUUGCCAAGUUGCUUCUGAGAAAGUGAAUGGGACUCUGGAGAAGGGAAAUGCCUUACUGCACGCUGGCCAGGAAGAGCAGCCGGCACCCAGCUGUACUCUGGGUAUGGAAGGGCCCGGGGCAGCACCCCUCCUGUGUAUUUUCCUCGGGGUUAGACAGAAAGGGAUGAGGGUGUCCAAGGAAAGAGGCUUGAAGUGCUCCCUCAUAUUGAGGGCAAGGGGAGGAAAGUGGUCACUCCAUGGGUUGAGCCCAGUGUGUAGUUUCUUAAGCUAUUUUUGUGUCUUACAGAGUGAGAAACAGAAGUGAAACUCAGACACACCAUUUUGAGACCUACUUGUCCAAACAUUUUUGGUCAGCUCUGGCCCCUUUUAUAAGACACUUCUCUUAACAGUCUGCACAGCUCAUGUGCCCGUCACUCUUUUAAUUUUAAAAGACAAAAUGGCAGAUGCUAGUAAUUCACCAGAAUGGCCUAUUUUAGUAAAGGGGUGGUGGGGAUUGGGGAAGUCACAUAAAAAACAUUUGAUGGAUUUUUGUUGGGGGGGGGUUGUGCGUUUUUAUAUUAUGUAUUUGUAAAUGACACAUCAGCCCACUGUUUUAUGUUUCCUAAAAGCAAAAUACUUGUGAACUUUGUUUUAUAUGGGAGCUCUGUGUGCCACCUGCUCUGGACCAUUUUCUUUGCCUAGUGAUUAGUGAAUCGUGUUCUUUGUCUAAAUACUGAGUUCAGCCCUUUGGUUUUGUUUAAAUACCACGUCAAGUGCAAACUUAAAUUCUCCCCACUUAGCUUUGUUUAUUAAACUGAAGUUCUCUUCAAAGCUUCUUGCUGAAUGGUACUCAGAUGUGCAUUCAAACAUGGGUCGAUUUUGAAAUGGGUGCACUGUGUUACCUAACAGAUGUGGAAAUAGAACUUUUGUGCAUCAGA